AAAAUGAUAAGCCGCAAUUACUAUUUCUAGUAUGUUAUCAAAGUUGAGACAAGCAACAUGUCUACUAAUGAUAUAGAAUUUAAAUUAGGUUUAAACGCGUUUGUGGAAACAAAUCUGCAAUCUCCUGACUACGAUGCUAUGAUUUUGAUAUUAUACCCUGAAGAAUUGAAGGUGCAGUUGCCCAGACAUAUUGGGGGAUUUGUCGAGAAGUGUUUUAAAGUGGACAGACAUAUCCAUAGCACGACAACUGUGUGGAAUUGCGAGUAUGUAUCCGGUGGUCGACUGAUCAUAUCACCAACUGGUCAGAUCAGCGCUUACCAUGAUGUCACCGUUGUCAAGCAGGCCGCAAGAAAAGGCAUGUUAAGAGCUUUAGAUGCAGGCGCCAGAAACCCAUUGUUAGUUGUCCAGAAUUUAGUGGAGUACCCUGAUGCUCAAUUGGUGUGCAUUCUUGGAGCAUUAGAAGCUUUGUACACUCCGUUGCAAAUAAGAGAACGAGAAGGAGGUAGGAAUUACAUAAAAAUUGGCUUUUACGCAGAAGAUAAAAACAAUGAUGGUUUCGAUAGGAUUGUUAGAAACGCAAUCGCUUUGGAAAGAGCUAGGGUCUUCGCUAGAGACAUCGGCGGCGCUGAUCCUGAGAGGAUGACGCCGGAAAACGUAGCGCAGUUCGUUACAAAUUCUUUCGCUGGAGACACAAAUAUUAAAGUAACUGUAAUUCGAGAUGAAAAUAUUAUUGCUAAGGAAUAUCCGCUUUUGGCUGCGGUGUCUAGAGCGGCGAAUCGUAUAGACAGACACAAAGCUAGGAUUGUAGAAAUCGAAUACAAACCAUCUGACCCGACCAGAAUAACUGAAACUGUCAUGCUUGUUGGUAAAGGAGUUACCUACGAUACUGGUGGUGCUGAUAUUAAAAUUUCCGGCAAGAUGCCUGGAAUGUCGAGGGAUAAAUGUGGUGCUGCAGCUGUAGCUGGGUUUUUGAAGGCUUGCUCGAUAUUAAAACCACCUCAUUUGAAGGUCAUUGGAGUAUUAUGUCUUUGCAGAAAUUCAGUAGGCGAAGAUUCCUAUGUAGCUGACGAAUUGUUAGUGUCAAGAAGUAACAAGACUGUUAGAGUGACUAAUACAGAUGCAGAAGGUCGAUUCGCAAUGGCAGAUUCUGUAUUUAAAUUAUCAGAGGUCGCUGAUAAGGAACUUAAUCCUCACAUUUACACGAUUGCAACAUUAACCGGUCACGCCAGAGCUUGUUACGGUAAAUACACGGCUGUAAUGGACAACCAUAGUGCAAGAGCUGCGAAUCACGCAGGUAGGCUGCAGUUUUCAGGAUCAAGAGUUGGUGAAGGGAUAGAAGUGUCUGUGAUCAGACAGGACGAUCUAGCAGUCAACGUUGGGAAAUCUAAAGGUGAUGAUUUGGUUCAAGUUGAUAUGGAAACUAAAUCGCGACAUCAUCAGCUAGCUGCUGGAUUUCUGAUUAAGGUUGGAGGACUGGAGAAUAAGAAUAUCAAGUAUACGCAUAUGGAUAUAGCUGGAUCAGCUGGAGAAGCACCUAAUGAACCAAGUGCCGUACCCAUUCUGUCUUUGUGUCAUUUGCACCGAGUACUAUUGUUUUAAUUUCAUAUUACUAAUUAUUCAUCAUUUUAUAUUUACUCAUAAUCUUAAUGAUUACUAAAGAUUUAUUACUACCGUAAAUUUGACUAGUAGCAGCUCAUAUAAUAAUGUAUUUGAACGCGAAAUAUCAUUGAAAUCUGCAUUAACUAACAACUAAACUUCGAACAAUUUUUCUUAUUUAUUA